AUGAAGCUAACGAACAAUACUGCUGUGCCUCGGUCCUGCUUCCUAGCCUGCCUCACCUGCUUGUUGUCUGCUUGCUGCCCAAGAAGAGCUCUUGGAGUACGAAGGCGAAACAAUUGGUGGCUCACUGAGCCUCACUUCGCCGCUAUCGUCUCCCUUCGUGGCCUAGAGGGCUCGGCAACACUGACAAUGCGGUCCGCAUUUCCCGCGUCAUCGGUCGAUGGCUACCUUGCGAGGCGUCUGAGCAUUCAAAGACCAGGAGCUUUCUACAACGCCGGGACCCCACCGACCGACCCAGCCAGUCAAGGACAACGCUACAUCCGGCCUCUUAACCUACUGCCCAUACGGGCUUGCGAUUGUCAAAGGGACGCCGCAAGAAAGACACCAUCACGGCCUCCUUUCCCCCUCUCGCCCGCCAUUCAUCCCAUCUCGGACGCCUUAGUUCCCCGUCCCGCCAUGAAUCGUUUAGUAUGCGUGGCCUGCGCAUGGUGA